GAGCGGAGAGACCCCCCCCGCCCAGCGCCGCGCUCCCAAAUCUCUGCAGCUAGCGCGCAGCGGAGCAACCAGCGCCCCAGAUCCGCUCCAGCCCCGCAGCCGCCGCUCCGGGCCCCCAGCGCCGCUUUCCAGCCGCCUCUCCGGGCCCCCAGCCAGGUGACCCCACCAUGCCGAUCCAGCGCGUCAAGUCCGUGGGCAACACACAGGCCCUGACCUCGCAAGUGGGCAUUGUCCGCCUGCUGGAGGCGCUUUUUGCCUGCGUCACCUUCAGCCUGGUGGUGCACCAGGGGGGCUGGUAUGGCCGUAACGGUGACUGGUGCAUGUUCUGCUGGUGCUUCUGCUUUGCCAUGACGCUGCUGGUGCUGCUGGUGGAGUUCGUCGGGCUCCAGCACCGCAUACCCGUCUCCUGGAAGAACUUCCCCAUCACCUUCGCCAUGUACGCCACCCUCAUGUGCCUCUCGGCCUCCGUCAUCUACCCUGUCACCCACAUCCAGCACAAUGCUGCCUCUGGCAAAACCAAGGACUACCGCAUCGCUGCCACCGUCUUCUCCUGCCUCACCUGCCUGGCCUACUCGGUGGAGGUGACCAUGACCCGGGCCAGGCCGGGUGAGGUGACGGGCUACAUGGCCUCCGUGCCCGGGCUGCUGAAGGUGGUAGAGACCUUCGUGGCCUGCAUCAUCUUCGUCUUCAUCAGCGAGCCGGUCUCCUACGACCGCCACGAGGGGCUGAAGUGGUGCCUGGCCGUCUACUGCAUCUGCUUCAUCCUCUCGCUGGUGGUCAUUGUGCUGUGCAUCGGGGAGUGCACCGGCUGGCUGCCCUGUGCCUUCAAUAAGUUCCUAAGUGGCUACACACUGCUGGCUGUGCUCAUGUACGCCACGGCCACCGUCAUCUGGCCCAUCUACAACUUCGACAAGAAUCAGGGUGGCCGGCCGAACCGGCCCUCCUACUGCAGCAGCAACAGCAGAAGCUUCUGCGACUGGGAUAAGUUGGUGGCCAUCGCCGUGCUGACGGCCAUCAACCUGCUGGUCUACCUGGCCGACCUGGUGUACUCCGCCCGGCUCAUCUUCAUCCAGGCCUAGCCGCGCCGGGGGCUGCUGGGCCGGCUGAGGGUUGGGGAUAAGGGCUGGUCUCCCACCGGGUUCUCCGGAUCUCAUCUGUCUGUCUUGUCCUCUCAUUCAUUUAUUUAUUCAUUCUUUUCUUUUCUUUCCUUAUUCUUGCAUCCUUUUUCUCUCUCGUUUA